AUGGACACGCUCCCGGAGGGGCAUGUAGUGAUCGACGAUCCGGAGAAGGCGAAGCGCGUGAAGGACCUCUACCUCGUCACCUGGCUCCCCGACGAUCCUGAAGAUCCUCGAAACUGGAGUACGACUUGGCGGUGGUACAUCACUGGCGUCGCCGCCAUCAGUGUUAUCCAGGUGGCAUUCGCCUCUGCGGUUAUCACUGGUGAUUUCAAGGGGAUAGAACGAGACUUGCACGUUGGAAGCGUCGUCACCGCGCUCAGUGUAUCUCUCAUGGUGUGUGGUUUUGGACUCGGCCCUCUAGUUAUUUCGCCCCUGUCAGAGUUGUACGGCAGACGGCCUCUAUGGAUCUUCCCUUCGCUGCUCUACGUCGUCUUCAAUAUACCCUGCGCAGUAGCGAAGAACAUCCAGACGCUCUUGAUCUGUCGAUUCUUCUGCGGUCUUUUUGCGUCUGGACCCCUCACUCUCGCUGGUGGUACCAUCAGUGAUAUCUGGGACAACAACGAACGUGGUUUCGCUAUUGCCCUGUUCGCUGCUGCCCCGUACGGCGGCGCAGCCCUCGGUCCCAUCGUCGGCGGCUUUAUCGGUAUCACCGUUGGCUGGCGGUGGAUUAUCUGGGUCAACAUGAUCUUCGCUGGCGUCAUGUGCUGCUUCGCCAUGACGUUGCCAGAGACAUUCGCGCCCGCGCUGCUGAAGAAGCGCGCCAGGAAGCUGCGGCAUAAGACUGGUCGCACCGACAUCGUUACGGAACAGGAGAUCUUCAAAGUCAGCUUCGCACACUUGCUGGCCGACACGCUCAUUCGCCCGUUCCAAAUGCUGGUCACCGAGCCCAUCCUACUGCUUAUGUCGCUCUUUAUCUCCCUCAUCUACGGCUUGCUGUACGCCUUCUUCUUCAGUUUCCCUGUCGUCUUCGGCGAGGACUACGCGUACAACGAUGGCAUUGUCGGCAUCAUGUUCUGCUCGGUCUUCAUUGGCCUCGCCAUCGCGCUCUUCGUCACCCCCCUGCUCGAGAAGGACUACCUCCGGCGAGCAGCAGCCAAGGGCGGCCGCGCUGAGCCCGAGGACCGUCUGAUCGGCACCAUGAUCGGCGGCCCCUUCGUCCCCAUCGCCCUCUUCAUCUUCGGCUGGACGUCCCCGCCCGCAGUCAUGCCCGGCGGCGGCAACUGGGUCGGCCCUGCUUCUGCAGGCAUCCCGUUCGGCUUCGGCAUGGUCAUCAUCUACUUCUCCGCCAACGCGUACCUCAUCGACGCGUUCCCGGGCUACGUCGCCUCCGCGCUCGCGGCGAAGACGGUCGUGCGGUCUGGCGCGGGCGCGGCGAUGCCGCUGUUCAUGGUGCAGAUGUUCCAUGGGCUCGGUAACGGAUGGGCUGCGUCGCUGCUCGCGUUCGUGUCGUGCGCGAUGGUGCCCAUUCCGUUCCUGUUCUACAAGUACGGCAAGCAGAUCCGUGCGAAGUCGAAGCGUGCAAGUGCGCUGUAG